AUGCGUGUCCUCGACAAAAAAGCUAUGGCCGACCUUAUGGUAUUGUUAUGGAACUGCUGGAAUAAUCGCAAUAACUUCAUUUUCAGGGGAAAAGAAGAGGAGGCUACGAUCAUUUGGGAGAGGGCUAGAACUCUAAGCGGAGAUUUUCGCAUCUGCAACAUGUUAAAGGCUCCACUGCUUUCUUCUAAUAGUGAGGUUAAGAAAUGGAAAAAAUCGCCGAAGGGAUUUGUUAAAGUCAAUUUCGAUGCCACUGUAGGGAUAAACAGUACGGGGUAUGGAAUAAUUAUGAGUGACAAUGAUUGCUUUGUUUUAGGAGGUGGUGGAGGCUUUAUUGCAAGGAGAAUGUCGGUGCAUGAGGCUGAAUGUGUGGCGCUUGAAAAGAGCAAACAACUGGCAAUCCAGCUGAAUAUUUUAGGCGACGUGAUUUUUGAAACUGAUCAUGCGAGGUUGGUCAAUAAAUGGAGGAACAGUGCAACGGAUUGGCACGCGCAUCAAAAAUUGCAUAGCUGCUGUUAA